UUCCAGAAUAAAAUUUGGUGCGUAUCAUUAACCCCACCAAGGGAUCAUUGCCCAUACAUAGUGCAUAAUUCCACUAUACAUAUAUAUAUACAUCUAUACAUACAUAUAUGUUCAUUGUUAAUGAUGCUGAAUCAUUGUCUGUCCAUUCCACACAAAACAUCAUAGCUCUCCGCAAAAAAAAAAAAAAUGAAUAAAUAAAUAAUUUCCAAUUUAUCUUUGCUUCCAAUCGAAGCUUUUUUCUUCAUAUUGCUCUCUCUUUAUAUUCCAAAAGGGGCAAUUAGUUCUCUCCAUUGAGAGCUAGCAAGCAAGUUAAGGCCAUAGUAGUAUGAGCUCGGUCUGCAUAUCGAACUGCGUGAAGGAUGCCCGAGGAGACCCCCGUGUCCCUGUCCGGGCCACGUAUGUAAACCUCUACAAGUGGCCCGAGUCAGAUGCGGAGUUCGUGCGGUCCGUGAGCUUCAGGAUGAGCCGGGGCGACAACGGCGCCGGUGCCGAUGCAGUGAGGCAUGGGCACCCCCGCGUGGUGGACAGCAUCUCAUGCAGGCAGAUGUACCUCCGGAGCUACCCGUUCAGCAAGGAGGAAGACGUCCCCGAGAGGACCCGAUGCUUCGGGAAGCUCAGCGGGGAGAAGAAGAAGAAGAAGGGGAAGAAGGGGGAGGGCGGCGAACGGGACCGGAAGUGGAGGUGCAUCGAGCUGAAGAGGAUGAAGGAGGCGUCAUGGAAGGCUCUCUAUAGGAUCUUCAACAGGUUGCUCUCAUGCUCUGCUAGUGUCGAUGUGGCAGAUCAUUACAAGGAUUUCUGAGACACAAAACAACACACAGACACACACUUAUCUCAAUGUGUUCUCAGUAGCUAAUCACUGCAAUUAAGGUCGGUGUACCGGUUAAUUCCAUAUGCUGAGGUGAGACCAAUUUUAGCCUAACUUUGUUUUCUUUGUGAUUAAUGAUCUAGUGGAUGAGAUUUGAGAUC